CUUGCGUUCUGUUCGCGGCCUUGCCUCGUGGCCACCGAGCGAGCUCUCGGCACGGUCUGUUCCACAUGACUUGAGUGGCAUUUUCUUUCUCCUUCCCCCUCGGGGCUCUACUUUCCCCCAAUUUUCCCCUGACUCUUCUUCCCGGUCGCCCUUGAGGCCCAUCUGUAGCCAGCUCGGCCAUUCUCAAACACAUCUCCCCUCUCUCAACACGAGUGACACGCUGAGCGUGCCUUUAGUUAUUGGUUGAUUUCUCAACUGACUGUGAAACAUGUUGCUCAAGGCUCUGUCCUCCGCCUUCACGGCGGCACCGCGCCGAUCUGUGCUGGCCUCGCCCUCGGUCCUGGCCAUCCGUAACCUUCACCGCGUGAAGCACCGCUCGGAAAUUGCCGAUCCACGGAAAUGCAACCGUGUGGUCAUCAAGCUCGGCUCGGCCGUCAUUACCCGUACCGACGAGUAUGGCCUCGCUCUCGGCCGCCUCGCCUCUAUCAUUGAAGAGGUCGCCGAACUUCAGCGCCAGGGUCGUGAGGUCAUCCUCGUCACGUCGGGUGCCGUCGCCUUUGGCCGUCAGCUCCUGGCCCAGCAAGAUGCCCUGAGCCGCUCCAUCCGCCAAACCCUCAAGAAGGGUACCUUUGGCAGCGGCAUUGACCCUCGUGCCUGCUCGGCAGCCGGUCAGGGUGGCCUCGUGUCCCUGUACCAGGCCAUGUUCAGCCAGUAUGGCAUUACUUGCGCCCAGGUGCUCGUGACCAAGAACGACUUCCGUGAUCGCCGUACCCUGACCCACCUCAACGAAACCAUGAAUGCCCUUCUCAACAUUGACGUCGUCCCUAUCAUCAACGAGAACGAUGCCGUGUCCCCACCGGCUGAGGAUGGCGCCGACCUGGACGGUGUCAUUUCCGUCGUCGACAACGACUCACUCGCCUCGAACAUUGCCAACCAAAUGGAAGCCGACCUUAUGCUCCUCCUCUCUGAUGUUGAGGGUAUCUACAACGGGCCGCCCAAGAAGGCCGGAUCCCGCCUCCUCGAGCGCUUCGCUCCCAACGAGCUCGAUGACAUUUCCUUUGGCGCCGGCUCCAAGGUGGGCCGUGGUGGCAUGAAGGCCAAGGUGGGCGCCGCCUGCUGGGCCUGGCACAAGGGUGUCGGCGUUGUCAUUGCCAACGGCAUGCGCCCCCACGUCAUCUCCGAGAUCCUCCAGGGCAAGCGCGUCGGUACCUUCUUCACCGAUGCCAUCUCCAAGUCUACUGAUAUCGAAACCGUUGCCAAGUCGGUCCGCCAGGGUGGCCGUGACCUCUCCGUCCUGCCCGCCCAGUCCCGCCGUGAGAUUAUUGAGCGCCUGGCUGACCUCCUCGUCGAGCGGGAAAAGGACAUUAUGGCUGCCAACCGCCGUGACGUUGAGGAAGCCCGUGAGAACAACACCUCCACCGCCCUCCUUAACCGCCUCUCCCUCACCCCCGCCAAGCUGCAGUCGCUUGCCGCUGGUCUGCGUCAGAUUGCCGGAGAUGCCGACCACCAUCUCGGUCGCGUCGUCAAGCGCACCCAGCUGGCCGACGACCUCCUGCUGCAGCAGGAAACCGUCCCGAUUGGCGUCCUUAUGGUCAUCUUCGAGUCACGCCCCGACUGCCUGCCCCAGGUGGCUUCCCUGGCCAUUGCCAGCGGUAACGGUCUUUUGCUCAAGGGUGGCAAGGAGGCUUCGCGCAGCAACCGUGUCCUUUACUCUCUGGUCCGCGAAGCCCUCUCCCUCCACGCCAACCCCGACACCGUGUCUCUUGUUGAGUCGCGCGACGACGUCAGCGCCCUCCUUGAGCUUGACGGCUACAUUGACUUGAUCAUCCCCCGCGGCAGCAACGACCUCGUCCGCAGCAUCACCGAGCAAGCCAACGGCGUGCCCGUCAUGGGCCAUGCCGAUGGUGUCUGCCACGUCUACCUUGAUGCGGAAGCCGAUCCUGAAAAGGCCCUGCGCGUGAUUAUUGACGCCAAGACCGAUUACCCCGCCGCUUGCAACGCCAUGGAGACGCUUCUGGUGCACAAGGACCUGGUUGAGUCGCCUACCUUCAAGUCAAUUGUCACCGACCUGCGUAACGCCGGUGUUAAGAUCAACAUGGGUCCUCGCCUCUUUGACGCCAUUGGCAUCAGCGGCAAGCCCCAGACCGACUUCCACAUUGAGUACGGAGAGCCCGAGUGCACCAUUGAAAUUGUUGACGAUGUUGAUGCCGCCAUUAAGCACAUCCAUGCCAACGGCAGCUCGCACACUGAAGUCAUCCUCACUGAGAACCAGGACACCGCCAAGCGCUUCCUUAGCAGCAUCGACUCGGCUUGCGUCUUCCACAAUGCCAGCUCGCGCUUCGCUGACGGUUACCGCUUUGGCCUGGGUGCUGAGGUUGGUAUCAGCACGUCGCGCAUCCAUGCCCGUGGCCCCGUGGGCGUUGAGGGUCUGCUGACCACCAAGUGGAAGCUGUACGGUGAUGGCCAAACGGCCAAGGACUUCUCCUCGGGCGAGAAGACUUUUUUGCAUCAGAGCCUGCCUCUGCAAGAGUAACUUCUCUGCCACGCACAAGCGACCUGACUUUGGCCACCUUGCGCGUUGGGCAACAUCGACCUGUUGUCUGAUGUAUGGCUGUUCUCCCCUCUCUUCGCGCCUUGGUUGGGCGCGCUGACGAACACGCAAGGACUUGGAAGACGAACAAGGAGUUGUUUUUCUUUGUGCACACGUGUUUGCUGCCUGGGGAUUCUAAAGUGACGAAAGUUCCUUCUGGUCCCUAUGUACAGCACACAAGCUAGCUAGUUACAUGCGCAGAUGACUCUUUGCAACUUGUUGUUUUGUUUGAUUCCUCGAUUUGGGGAGCUUUGUUUAUGUUUGCUUUCUUAUCGAUCCAUCUGAAUUCAUUAUCUCAUCUCUU